AUGAACAUCUUCAGACUAUUAGCCGAUUUCUCUCACCUUACCUCAAUCUUCAUACUCAUACAGAAAAUUAAAUCCUCAAGCAGUUGCUCUGGGUUGUCAUUCAAAUCCCAGGUGUUAUACCUAGUGGUAUUUCUAACCCGGUAUCUCGAUCUAUUUUGGAGCUUCACACAUUCAUUCUACAACACAACUUUUAAAAUUCUUUUUAUUAUUUCAUCAGCCUACAUAAUCUACCUUAUGCUUCAUGAGUAUAAGCCAACGCACGAUCCAAAUGUUGAUACAUUUAAAAUCCAGUAUCUUCUUGGGAUAAGUGCCCUUCUAGCAGUCCUAUUUCCCAGUGAAUACAGCGUCUCCGAGGUUCUUUGGACUUUCUCAAUCUGGCUCGAAGCCGUUGCAAUCCUUCCACAGCUUUUUAUGCUUCAACGAACCGGCGAAGCUGACACGAUUACUACUCAUUAUCUUUUUGCAUUAGGGCUAUACCGUGCCUUAUAUAUCCCCAACUGGAUUUACCGCUACUUCGCAGAGGGCUACUUUCAUCUUAUCCCUGUGGUCGCCGGUAUCGUCCAAACUGUGCUGUAUUCGGACUUUUUUUAUAUCUACUACACUAAGAUCAUGAAAGGAAAGAAAUUCUCCCUGCCUGUUUAG